AUGGCUUACGACCAAUUCUACAAAGAAGAUGCCUUUGCAAGCUCUUUAACUUUUAACAAAUGGGUCCCACUUAUGUGUGCAGAUGUGGCUUUGCUAUGGACUUUUAAACAAAUUUAUAACCGUCCUCCAGAUCCACGCAUUUGUCUUACAUCAUCUCCAGGCAAUAAUAAAAAUAAUAAUAAAAAUAAAAUCACCAACACCCUUCUAUACCCUCCACACUUUUUCCGAAAUCAUCCCAUUAACUAUGUAUCUGUGACAGGGGAACUUAUUGAUGUGACUGAAUCACAACUAGGAUUGGAUCCAGAGAAAAACUCAUUGGCAAUACUUAUACUUACAGUAGACGAUGGAUCAGGAACUACCCUUAAAUGCAUCUUAUUUACCCAACAAGGAGCUUAUAACCCAAAUAAUUUACUACACCAGGUUUACCAAGUCCAAGGCUUUAUUAUUGACUCUGAAACUUUUGGAAGACAACUACGAAUUGUUCAGUUUGCUCGAGUUAAGGGACUUACUGGUGAAUUGGAUAGAUGGUGUGAAACUUUACGUGUUCGUAAAACCAUUUUGACAAAACACUGGGAUUACGAUUCUGGAGAAACAGACGAAGACGAAGACGAAGAUAAAGAUAAAGAUGAAGAUGAACAAGACGAACAAGAAGAGGAAGAAGUUAAUGAUAAUGAUGAAAGUUUUAAAGAUAUUGAUAAAUUACCAACCAUGUUUUGCUCUUUCCAUAGGAAAAACUCUGUGCUUGUUCAAACCCCUAAUGCCCUAGUGACUACACAUACAGGUGGUGUACGAUUAGAUUUACGAAAAACACAAACCUCUGCAAGAGUUUUAAAAGUCAUCAAACAUCCAAGAAACAAAACUCCACCACCACAACACCAGUAUCAUAAACGGGUCCUCAAAAGCCCUCGCAAAAGUCAAAAAUCAUCUCCUCUAGAUCCAUCUCUUAAGAAUUCACCAACAAUUACAUUUACUCGACAAAACACGAGGCAGGAUCCGCAAUGUGCUCCAGCAAUCCAUCAACAAGUAUACUUAAACUCUCAAAUUUGUUUCUUUUCACGGCCAUGUGUUAUUGCAACACCAGCAAUUUCUCAUCUCCCAAAAUCCCGUCGUCAUCUUCAUCUUCAUAAGUGA